UUUCCCUUCUCCCUUUCUCAACCUCUUUUUUUUUGUGUCAGAGCGCUUUCCACAAACACACACACACACACGCAUACGCAAACUCUCUCUCUUUACUAACUCGCUUGAUUUGUGCUUGGUCCGUGUUCUUCCCUCCAGCCCUUAUCCUUCCCCUUCCAUUUCCUUUCUUGUUCCCUUUUUUUUCCCCUCUUCUUUCCUUCUUCUUUUGAUGAGACUUGAUGCAUUUUUCGAUACAGCCCAUUCUUUUUCUCCUCGUGUUCCUCAGUUCAACCAUUUUUUGUUCAGAGUUAAAAAGCAGCUCUGAACAUGCCAGAGGGCAUAGAAUCAUACCGAGGUCUGUCGCGGCGAGUAACUCCAAGAUCACUACGACGCCGACCAAGACGAAAUCGGUCCCUGUCUCUUCUGCCAAUUCGUCCGUGGUUGACUGGAAAAAUAUAGGACACAAUGCCUCAAGCACACCGUCGACGACGGAUCGAAAUGUUAACUCACCGAUCACCGCUUCCUCGGAAUCGCCUUCCACGUCUCAACAGAUCCCAACUGAUAACACGAACACCCAGAAUUUCGGUGGGCAACAUAAUCCAUCGGAUACUAACGGCACUGAUGACGACAAUGGCAACGGUGACUCGAACCAUGAUAGCAACGACGGCAGCGGUAACGUUGACAGCAAUAGCGACCAAGACAAUGACGGUGACGACGACGACGACGAUGAUGACGAUGGUUCCUCAGACACCAAUGCACCAUCCGGCGGCGACUCAGAAGGAAGACCGGCCAUGACAACCACGGCUGGCGAUGCUGCGAAUAAGCGCAAUGAAUCUGAAGCUGUUGCUGGAAGUAUCAGCAAUAGAAACCUCGGGAUUGGUUUAGGUGUCGGUAUUGGAUGUGUUGCCGUAAUAGGCUUAGCAGGCUUGCUGGUUCACAACCGUCGUAGACAACAACGUGCGGCUUCGUCCUUGGAUGAAAACGUGAAUACACGCUGGCGUCCUCAAAGUUUCUUGGGCGUUGUCGCUUCCGUUGUCGCUAAAUUGCCACGAACACCUUCACAACGUAGCCAGGGAUCGGCUUCUUCUGCAACCCAUUUCCGCGCCGCCACGGGCACAGCCAUUGGGUCAGGCUACGGAGCUGUAGAACAUCCUUCACCCGACCCAAGCCUCCCGGAUCAGCACGGUUACUUUUCUCAACCACCGCCCCUAUCUCGCUUAGAUGAUCAUGCUCAACCUCAAAUGCAAGAAACGCGCUAUUAA